AUGACUACCAUGAACGCUGUGGCUGAGGCAGUGCACAAGGCUGCACUAGCAGCGGCUAGGGCUGUUGAUCGUCUUGGAGUGAGAAAUGGGAAUGAGAAUGAGCAUGGAGAAGAUAGUGGAAAUGAUGAAAAUAACUUAGGGCAUCUCGAAAGACCUAUGACCCUUGCGGCUUUUCUGAAGGUUAAACCGCCUAAGUUUAAAGGUACACUCAUUGCAACUGAUGCUGACAACUGGGAUGAAUUUUAUAAGAAGAAUUUUCCGAGGACAGCUCGUGACGCUAAGAAGAUGGAACUUAUGCAACUGAAGAAGGGUAACACAACUGUUGCAGAAUAUGCCCGUAAGUUUGAUGACUUGUGCCGUUUCUCCAAGAUCUACCUAGGGAAUCCUGUUGAUUUUGAAGAAUGGAAGUGUUUGAAGUUCGAAGGGGGCCUUCGUGAGGAUCUGAUGAGUUCAGUAGUUCCGUUGGAGAUACGAAAUUUUGCUGAGCUGGUUAAUAAGUGUAAGUUAGUGGAAGAAUGUGCUAAGAAGUUAAUUGCCUCUAAAGCAAGUCGUCAAGGAUUUCCACCAAGGAACUAUAAUAGUUACAGUUGGCAACCAUGA